AUGUCGAACUCAAAGAAACAAAAAUAUGAGCGUUACAUCGACAAGUCUUCUAUCCCAGGUCAUGAAGAAAAAUCAUCAUCGGGAAAGACAAAAUUCAACGUAAAUCAAGCAAAAAUUGAUGACGUUAAAACGGCAUUGGAAAAUGAUACCAAUGCCCCAUCAUGGUUGAAAGGAGGUGCCUACACCGAAGAGGACAAUCCACAUGGUCUUGCUGAUCGUUCCGAUUUUAUUAUUCUAUUUCCACAAUAUAGAGAACAAUAUUUGAAGGAGAAUAUUUCUCAAAUUGAAUCCACAUUGGCUGCUUCACCCUACUAUUUAAAAGUAUCAUUAAAUUGCAAAGAAGGUAAAAUGGUAGUGGAAACAACGGAGAAGACUUUUGAUCCUUUUAUAAUAUUUAAGGGAAGAGAUUUUUUACAGUUAGUAGCAAGAGGUGUUCCUUUCCAACAAGCUAAGAAAGUUUUGGAAGAUAAUGUAUUCUCGGAAGUGAUAAAGAUUGGAAAUUUGUGUAGAAACAAAGAAGUUUUUACGAAAAGAAGACAACGAUUAUUCGGACCUGAUGGAUCUACUUUGAAGGCUCUUGAAAUUCUUACAGGAUGUUUCAUUUUCAUACAAGGAAAAACAGUGAGUGUGAUUGGAGAAGUGAAUGGCAUUAAAACUGUCUCUGAGGUCAUUACUGACUGCAUGAAUAAUAUUCAUCCCAUUUAUCAUAUUAAACAAUUGAUGGUAAAGCGAGAAUUGAAAAAUAACCCUGAAUAUGCAAAUGUACCUUGGGACAAGUAUUUACCUAAAUUCAAGAAGAGUGUCAACAAGAGUAUUGUGAAGAAGAAGAAUAAGAAAUUGAAGCCAAAGAAGGAAUACACACCAUUCCCACCUGCUCCUGAAAAGAGUAAGAAAGAUAUUGCAAUUGAGACAGGUGAAUAUUUCUUGUCUGAACAAGAGAAGCAACGAAAGAAAGAGGUUGAAAGAAUUGAAAAACAACAUGAAAAGAAAAUUGAAAAGAAGAAAGAGAACGAAAAGCUCUAUCAACCACCAAAAGAGGAAGAAAUCCAAAGAAGAGAAAAGUUGAUAGUGUUAUCGAGUCGGAUGACAGCUUGA